AGUCGCAAAAGGUACAUAAUGCGAGCCAGAUGGAUCGUGGAGUGUCUGAAAGUUCAAUCGCACGAAUUUCGUCUUUAUUUUUCUAUAGGUUGACGUUCAAAGUGUCCAGUCAUCUCCAUCCUCGGGCUUACCAAUCUGACAAACACCAAGGAAGCGCAAUUUGAUCAUGCCGUCCAGCAAAGGAAAACCGACCGAUCCAAAGCUCCGGGAGAAGGUGAAGGAGGAAGUGAAGAACGAAACCAACAAAGAUGGCGGUGGCAAGGGGCAAUGGAGCGCGUGGAAGGCUGCGAAGCUGUCCAAGGAGUAUGAGAAGAAAGGAGGCGGGUAUGAAAAUGAGGCAGGAACCAAGAACGAACCCAAGAAAGGAACCCCCGAGCCGAAGUCUUCGAGCAAGAAGAAGAAGGAAGAGGGGCAGCAAGAGCACUCCUCGAAGAAGGAGAAAAACGAAGAAUACGAUGGAUCGUCUUCAGGGAAGAGCAACGGAAAUAAGGAGAAUGUGAAGCCUGAGGCGAAUUCCGGUGCUAAGAAAACGGGAUCUGAUGGAGAGACGAAGAAGAAGCAGAAGAGUGAUAAGAGGAACAGUGCUAAAAAGAGCACGUCAAAGGAAGGUCAAUUCAAGGCUGAAGGGACUAGAAAGAGCUCUAGAGUUGCCGAGAAGCGGCAACGAGAUGAACAGGAACCCAGUGCGGAAAAGAAAGUGAAGACUAAGUAGUGACUUCGUCCCCUAGGUGGAAUGUCCAAGAUUUAUUGGUGGUGCAGCCAGGAGGCAAAGGCUAUGCUCGUGCCAGGAUGGUUGUUUCGAAUUUGUCAUUGUCCGAUAACAU